CUGUUUUUAGGUUAUGAGCGUUUAAUUCAAUAAUCUGUGCGCGCUGGUUGGUCAAAGUCCACAAGAACUUCUCGUUCGACUACUUUGUUAAUUUGAAUUCAGUAUACGAUUUGCUUAUCUGGUGGCAACAGAUCGAUACCAGUAGUUGAAAGAAAAAGAACAAAAAAUGGCAUCGCAACGUGUAACCACGAAGAUUUUCAAUAUUAGCUCAAGAAGCUAUAGCUCUAAGCCCUCCCUAAAUGAAGUCGUCAUUAUCGCUGCUAACCGUACCCCAAUGGGGUCCUUCAUGGGAUCAAUCUCUUCACUUUCUGCCACACAAUUGGGCUCCAUCGCAAUCAAAGGAGCCAUCGAAAGGGCCGGAAUCCCAAAAGAAGAAAUCAAAGAGGUAUUCAUGGGCAACGUAUGUCAAGGAGGCGUAGGUCAAGCCCCAGCUAGACAGGCCACGCUCUUUGCGGGUUUACCAACAACCACAAUUUGCACCACUAUUAAUAAAGUAUGCGCAUCUGGUAUGAAGAGUAUAAUGUUCGCCGCUCAAAGCAUCCAGGCUGGACAUCAAAAUGUUUGUUUGGCUGGUGGUAUGGAAUCCAUGUCCAACGUACCAUAUUACUUGAAGCGCGGUGCUACUCCAUAUGGUGGCGUCAAGUUAAUCGACGGUAUCGUUUUCGAUGGUCUGACUGAUGUCUACAACAAAUUCCACAUGGGCAACUGCGGCGAAAACACUGCUAAGAAACUAGGAAUUACACGUCAAGACCAAGACGAUUUCGCCAUGAGCAGUUACAAGAAGAGCGAGGAAGCCUAUAAAAUCAACGCAUUUGCUGAUGAAUUGUUGCCUGUACCAGUACCACAGAAAAGGGGACAACCUGACAAAAUGUUUGAAGCCGAUGAAGAAUAUAAGAGGAUCGAUUUUUCCAAAUUCUCAAAACUGGCUACCGUAUUCCAAAGGGAAAACGGCACCGUUACCGCCGGAAACGCAUCGACGUUGAACGAUGGUGCAUGUGCUUUGAUCAUGACUACUCCAGAACAUGCCCAAAGGUUGAAUGCCAAACCUUUGGCUCGCAUCGUCGGAUUCCAAGACUCCGCCACCGAACCAAUUGAUUUCCCAAUUGCGCCAGCUAAGGGAAUUCCAACCCUCCUGCAGAAAGCUGGAGUAAAUAAAGAUGAUGUUGCUAUGUGGGAAAUCAACGAAGCUUUCAGCGUUGUCGUCUUGGCUAACCAAAAAGUCCUCGACAUCGACCCAAGCAAAGUAAAUAUUCAUGGUGGUGCUGUCAGUUUGGGCCACCCCAUUGGUAUGUCUGGUGCUAGAAUCGUUGCUCACUUGGUGCAUGCCCUUAAGCCCGGUCAAAAGGGUGUAGCUUCGAUCUGCAACGGAGGUGGUGGAGCUUCGUCCAUCAUGAUUGAAAAAUUAGAAGAGACUCUUGGUAAGGAUGAAAAACCGAAAUUAACAUUGUAUACGAGAGAUCCGUGUCCUCUUUGCGACGAGUUGAAAAUGCAGCUGCAACCUUAUUGGGACCGAUUCAAUUUCGAGACAGUGGAUAUUUCUAAGAAAGAAAACGUACGUUACCUCCGCCUGUACCGGUAUGAGAUUCCAGUGGUGUUUUUGAAUGGACAGUUCCUUUGCAAACAUCGUCUCAAUGAAGAGCUUCUGGUAAAAUCGUUGAAUGACAUUGAGAAGUACAGAGGAAUGCAGCAAUAAGACUUGAAUGUAUCAUAUCCUGGUUGA